GCAGUUGGCACAGUCGUUCAGUCCCGGACGCAACGCUGCACGGUACGGUUGAGAUUUUCCACAGUUGCGCGUUUUUCCUGUGCUGAGGCACUUUGCGUGAGGAGGAAAAUCCAGACCAGUGAGGAAAAGUCUUGGUUUUUUUGUUGCAAGAGAGAGAGCGAGGAAGAAAAAAGGAAACCAGUCGAGGAAAAUUGGAGUUGGUUUGUUUCAGUGUGCACUGGAAAAUAGGAAAAUAAAACCGAUUUUGUUUUUCGCGUCGCGUUUUUUGAGUUUUCCCCGAAUUUUCCACGUGUUUGUUUGGAAAGAAAGCAAAACGCGUUCGUCUGCGACCAAGUGAGCUGAGUUUGUAUUUUGUCCUGCAAAGGGGUCGUGAUUUUAUGUGAGGAUAAAAAGCAAAAUAAAAAGUGAGCUGCGUUAUUUUUCACGCUACUUGACGCGGUGUUUAGUGUGUUAUUGGUCGCGCACUCUGUGUGAUUAGUUUAAAAAUACUGCGGAUCAAAAGUGAACGUGAAGGAAAGAUCAAGGGAAACAUCUGCGAUAAAGAGAUUCGGCUACAGGAUAGCAGCCAGCACCGGGAGUGAAAAAUCAACACAAACGCAAGAAAACGGAUUAUAACAAGCUAAGAGGAAAAAUCAUUUUCAUCAAACAAAAGAAAAAGAAAACGUUCACCAGGCUUGCAGCAGUCCAGCGAGAAUCCAAUUAUCAAUCGGAGGAAAAACAUCCCGGAAAAAGGUCGAACACUCCGCUAAAUUAGAGCUAGAACUCGCGCGCUCCAGCACGUGUGCCCCAACAACAACAAGCCCCAGCUGUCGAAGAAAGCAAACCGGUUCGACUUCACCUGAGGAACUGCAGUUGUUGUUGUUGUUGUCGUGAGUCACGCCAAGUCACGACGACAACAUAACAGACUCGGAGAGUCAGCGCGCGCGAGAGAGCCCGGGAGAGAGAGCUCGCGCAAGAACCAACAAAGGAAACCUCAGCGAACGGGUUCGAAGAAAACGUUGACGGUUCUUAGUCGACUCCUAGCAGCCACCACGCGCAGUUGGAGGAGUUCGGAGCGGUUCGAGAGUUGCGAGUGUUCGGUUCACCAGAAAUGUGACAAGAAGUUCGACAGUUUUGUGCAGCAGUUUGCGUUUAGUUCUGAGUUCCGAGUAACCUCAAGCGUAGCGGGAAACUUCCUGAAGAGUUCAACGCGUUCGAUUUGGGGAGCUAUCCAGGUUGGGAAGCAGAACGCAAGAUGUAAGAAGCUGGUGCCGUAGCUGAAACAGAACAAGUUCAUCCGGUAAAACCAAUUGAUCCAGAUAAAGAGGAGAAGAUUCACACAGGUUCACACACGGAGUGUGUGCAAAGAGGUGAUUUCUUGUGAGCAAUAUCUACAAUACAGAGUGCAUAAAGCAUAGAAGCACCGUUGUUUGCUGAAGAAAGAAGACUGAGCAAUUGUUGUGAGCGCAGCAAUUGCAAUUGAAAGUAAUUCCUUUCGUGUACAUGUGCAAUCGAGGUGUUUGAUAAGUUGUGCAGCAUUGUGUGCAUUUGGUGAGCAAACCCGUACCCAGCGCGAAGCAGCUGAAGAAGUGCACGUGGGUUACACAAGUGGAAGCUUCGUCACCCCAAAAGCAAAGAAGAAUUAAAUGUGCUUAAUCUGUUGCGUGUAACGCCACCUCCAGAAAGAAAAAAAAACCUUCCAGCGAAACCCCAGCCAAGAAUCGAGGUCACCAGCGAAACCGCUGGCAGCAUCUUUGAAAGGCAGCAGCACACCUUUGCAGCAAUCAUGUUGGAUCGUGGACCAGUCCAGUUAGACAACGACAAGUGUCGUCGCGGUGAGCGGGAACCACACCUGUCCGGAUCGCGUCUCGAUCUGUCCGGCCUAUGUGGCGGUGGCGCUGUACGAAACAACACAUCACGCUCCAGCCGAAGCAACAACAACAACAACAACAACACGAUGGUGGACUCACACGGGAACGCGCUGCCUCCGCUCAGCCCGUCCAGCAAUAACAACUCGUCCUCGGGCAGCGAAAUUGAGCAGAAGCCGGUCCCGCUGUCGCCCAGUGAGGCCCUCAAAUACCACGGCACCGGCCUCACCGACUACGAAAAGCAGGAGAUCGAAAAGUACCCCGAGGUAUACUACCUCGGGCUGGACGCGUGCAAAAUCAACGCCAAACCGGGCAGCGCCCUCAACUCGGGCUACGACGACGACAACGGCAGCUACAACAAGGUGAUCCACGACCACGUCUGCUACCGGUACGAGAUCCUCGAGGUCAUCGGCAAGGGCAGCUUCGGCCAGGUCAUCCGGGCGUUGGACCACAAAACCAACCAGCACGUGGCAAUCAAAAUCAUCCGCAACAAGAAGCGCUUCCACCACCAGGCCCUCGUCGAGGUGCGGAUACUGGACGAGCUGCGGAAAAAGGACGCCGACGGGUCGUACAACGUGAUACACAUGCUCGACUACUUUUACUUCCGGAACCAUCUGUGCAUCAGUUUCGAGUUAAUGAGCCUCAACCUGUACGAGCUCAUCAAGAAGAACAACUACCAGGGAUUCAGCCUGAGCCUGAUCCGGCGGUUCUGCAACUCGAUAGUCAAGUGUCUCCGGCUACUGUACGCGGAGAACAUCAUCCACUGUGAUCUUAAACCUGAAAAUGUCCUACUCAAGCAGCGAGGCAGCAGCCUGAUCAAGGUCAUCGAUUUUGGCAGCUCGUGCUACUCGCACCGCAAGGUGUACACCUACAUCCAGUCCCGCUUCUACCGGUCGCCGGAAGUUAUACUGGGACUGUCGUACGGGACGCCCAUCGACAUGUGGAGCUUGGGAUGCAUACUAGCCGAACUGUACACCGGAUAUCCGUUGUUCCCCGGGGAGAACGAAGUGGAGCAAUUAGCGUGUAUCAUGGAAGUUCUGGGCAUUCCACCGGAUGAUCUCAUCAAUACUGCCACCAGGAGGAGGUUGUUUUUCGAUUCCAGAGGCACUCCACGGUGCAUCACCAAUUCCAAGGGCCGCAAGCGGAAACCAGCCUCGAAAACGCUGUCCCAAGCGCUCCGGUGCAACGAUACCGUGUUUAUCGACUUUGUCACCAGGUGUCUAGAGUGGGACCCCAAGAAGCGCAUGACCCCGGAGGAGGCCGCCCGCCACGAGUGGCUCCAGCCGAGCGCCACGUCCACGUACGUCUCGUCCAAGUCGAAGGAAAACGCCUCCGCCACCAACGGCGAUGGCCAGCAGCUUGGCUUCAUGCAGAAGCUGCAGCGAUCUCAGCCGAUGACGCCGAACACGAUCCUGCCGGAGAUUAAAACGCCCUCCCAGCGGCAGCGCUACGUCAAGGACCGCGUCAAAGAUCUCGAAACGGCCCAGCAGCAGUACUCGCUGCACCGGUUGUACCACGCCCGCAAGACGACGCUGAACUCGUCCAGCAACAUCAUCAACAACAAUGGCGGCGGCGGCGGCAGCAGCACCAGCGGAAGCAGCAGCAACAUCAGCGGCGGCAGUAGCAACGGCAACCAGACAAUAACUUCGAGCUCCAAGUACGGGUCGAGCCAUCACGUGGGCGGCCACCAUCACCACCAUCACCGUCACGGCAGUGGCAGCAGUGGCGUCGGAAUGCCCCACUCGCAGAGCACUGGGGACGUGUCGGCCAUCUUUGGCCGGGCAUGACAUGGAACGCUCAGCAAGGUCAAGGACACCGCCAAGAUUAUUAGCUUGAUCUAGGCGGUGGGGGCGGUUGGACUCAGUUUAGUUAUUUGAACUUUAAGGAUAACACACACACACACAGUCACACGAUGAUAAAAUAGUUAAAGGACUCACACACGAAUAAGUAGACGCAGACACAUAGACAUAGCAUAACUGUGAAUAGUUUGUAGCAUGACCGAUUGCGUUGUUGAGUUGAGAAUUGAGAGUAGGGAUGGAGUGAGCGCGCGUUGAACAAAUAUAACCCAGGCAAGGAGUUGCUAGUGAUGUAGACGUACUCUAGAAUUACUAAAUCAGUAUCCGUGAUCCUCAGCGAGAGUAAUCUUCCUCCCACUGCCUUCCUCCCAAAGUAGACAGAGAACUAUAUCGUAGGUAUUAUGUACAGUAGACAACUUGAAGUAAUAACCCCCCGAGACGUUGACCUUUGACGGAAAUCACAAACAUUCUUGGUGCAACACUUCAACCAGCCGGAACACGUGCUCGAGGUCGAACCGAUAUGCGCGCGAACCUAACGCUAACGCCAAAAAGCUGCCCCCAGGAAGCUGUCCCAAAACUCAAACCUUUUUUUUUACUUUCUUCUCUUGAACAAUCUUUUCUUUAUGGUUUAUCGAAAGAACUGCGCUUGUUUGCAUGGAAGAAAACAGAGGAAAAAUAUCAACACUGUCGUAUAUCAAUCACAUCUAAACUCAAAGGCGCUAUCGGUCGACCAGUUGAUCGGGGUGUGGUUCUGGAAGGGGAGAAGUGUUGCCAGAAGGGUGGGCGUUAUUGGUUGAUGGAGUUUGAAAUAAGAUUUGAAAUGUGAAAAUCUUCUCCAAAAUGGAAAUUUAUAAGUGAGUUUGCUUGUGUGCUGAAGAUUAUUCGGGGCAAUUCCAUGUCAAUAUUUUCAUUUGAGAAUUUCAAAAUGCUGCAAUAAUUGAAAAAAAAAAUCUGUUGCAUUUUUUUCUCGAUUCUGCUUUGAGUUCUCGAUGCAACAAAUGGCUAGAUUUUUUAAUUGCAAAAUUACAAAAAAAAUAAAUAAAAUUAUUUAUUUUUAUAAUUUUGGUAAGGCGAAUCGAGAAAAAUCCGGGAAAUAUCUUAUGUAUUAAAAAAAUGUCUCAUACCAUGGCUGAAGGAUAUUAUUAUUGCAAAUCAAGAUACUCAAAAAAAAAUCUUUUUCAGAAGUAUGCAGAAAAUCUGUGGCAUAAAAUAUAUUUUACCUAGGGAUUUUAAUUUUAUUCAAAUUUUAAAUUUUUUCAAAAAUAUUUCAAAGAAGGCGCGCAAUAUUUCUUGAAUCUUCACCAAAAACGAUGUUUUGUGAAUGAUCGUGCGCCUCCAUCAAAAUAUAGGAAUAAACUUAAAAUUGAAAAAAAA